AUGAUCACCUAUUGUUUGAAAAAAGAUGAUAAAAUUUAAGUUAAUCAGAGUUUGAAAAAGCUUUAGCCUUUAAGCUGCUAAAAAUGUAUCAAAAAUAUUCAAUACAAUUUUUCAUUAUAAUUUACAAGAUUAAGUAAUUGCAAUUUUUAUUCUUAAGAUUGUGCUAACAAUGAUUUUAAGAAAUUAAGAGGAGGAGGAUGUGGAUUAUCAGUUGGAUAAGUAGUAGAAAAUUAGAAAUUAGAUUAACAAUUACAGAAGAGUUAAGAUUAAAUAACCUCAAAAUAAUUACCCAAUAAUUUUUCAGCUAACCUUAUUGAAUCCUUUAAGUUGAUAGUAGAUGAAGCUCGACUCUUUUGUGAAGCAAAUAAGAGGAAUGAAAUAAUAAAGAAAAUAUAAUGGUUGAUAUAUAAUAGAGAAUACUUGAAUUAUUAUUGUUGUGACGAGUAAGCAAAUAAAGCUAUUUAUGAAACAGCAAAAACUAAUUUUGAAAGUUUAUUAAAAGUGCUUAUCACCUAUUUAAGAAACUCUGGAUUUAUUUGCUAUUAAAUAUUAUUGAUUUGUAAUGAAUUGUUAAGAAUUAUGUAUGUAUUCUAAUUUAGAGAAAAAAAGAGAUUUUUAAAAGAUGAAGAUAAAUAAAAUUACAUAUAAAAAUUAUCAGAAUUUGAAACAUAAUUAGAAAUUGAAUAAGCAAAUGUUUGGAAAACAGGAUUUGAAUUUGAAAUUAAAAUUAUGAAAAUCAUGAUUAUUAAUUAAAAAACUGAUUCUACUGAAGGAUAAGAUACACUAAUAAAUUUUUUUAAGGAAGCAGGAAAAUCAAUUAUAUCAUUAUCACCAUCUGAAGAUUUACUUUCCACAAUAAUAGAAGGGGGCAAGUAUCUUUUAAAAAAAGGAAUUGAAAAAAAAUUAUAUCCAAUAGAAACUUAUUAAACUUAUUACUUAUUCUAAUUGAUAAAAUGGUCAAUCAUAAAAUCAUUAAAAUCUCAACUUUCUGUUUACAAAUAAAUAUCAUAAUUAAAAGAUAUUUUUUAAUAAUAUAUAUUUGUGUCUGAUAAUUGGAUUAUACAUUUUAGUUGGAUAUAAAUGAUUAUCGAUAUUAUUGCUUAUCGUCCUAUCAUAAAUAAAUCUGAUAUAUCUAUGAAUUAAUAAGACUAAUAAUUAAUUAAAUGGAAUCAACUAAUUGAAAAUAAUUUGAUUCAUUGUGUUACAUUUAAGGAGGAUGAGGCAAUUAUGAAUUUGUUUUUAAACUAAGAAAAAUAAAUAUAUGACAUUGAAUUAACUAGAGAAUUGGAUAAAUUUAGUAAGAAAAAGUUUGUACUAUUUAAUUAAUUUCUUUUAAAAGGAGAUCUAACUCAAAAUGUAAAUUAAUGGGACUAUUAUAAAGAAUUCACAUUUAAAAAGUAAAAGGAUAAAAAAUAAGAAGAUUAUGAAAUCAUAUUAGCAAGUUAUGAAAUCGAAAUAUUGUAAAAAUUAAUUAACAAUUUAAAAUCUUAGUAAGAUGAAUUAUUAUCAAUUCAUUCAGGUAUUAUAGAAUCAUUUUAAACUUAUUUUAAAUAACCAUCUUAAAUGUUAUUAUAGAUUAUUUAAGAUGAUUAAUAAGCAACUUAAAAGCAAUUCUUACAAGUUUAUAAAUAAUUGAUCAUUUUAUCUAAUUACUUUAAAGAAUUAUCUAAAUUUGAAGUUUCUAAAUUGGAUUUGCUUAAGCCUUACUUAGAUAAAUUUAAAAAUAAAGAAAAUCAAAAGAAUUUACUUGAUCUUAAAACAAAGAUUGAUAAUUUUUAAAACACAGAACUUAUUGAAUUUAUUGAUCAACUUUUAAAUAAUUUCUUGAUUGCUAUUGAAUUUACAUGUAUUACGCAUGAAAUGUAAUAAUUUUUAGACUCCAAAAAUUAAACAGAUUUAGAAAAAUUAAUUAAGAAACUUGAUACUGACAAAUCUUAAGAGAAGUUUUUAGGCUUUGAAAUAGAUAAAUUUAAAAAAAUAUUUACAACAUUUGAAAAUAACUUUAAUUAAUUUUACAUAAAUUUAAGAUCAUAUAAAGAAAAUUUUAUAAAAUUUAUUCAAAAGGAGUUAGAUAUAAAGUCUAUGACAAUUUAAAUAUAAGAUUAGAACACCUUAUAAAUAAUUGAAUAUUAUUAAUAUAAAGAUAAGAGUAUCAAUAAAUUAUUAUUAUAAAAAUGGAAGGAGAAAUAUCAAUUAUUUGAUUCUGAAUUAAGAACUUUAGAGAAUGUAUAGUAAAAUUUUAUUGAUUGUAAGUCCAUCAUUAUAACUUUAUAAUUCUUAAAAUAAUUCAUUAAUAUAUAAAGUUAAUAAAUGAUGAUUAUUAAAUAAUAAUUAGAAAAUUAUAAUUAACAAACUAAUUUAACUUAAAAUUAAGUGAAUGUCGAUAAAAAACAAACUAUUAAUGAUAUUUUAACUUAAUAAUUAUAAAAAAUUGAACCGUUGAUCAUAGAAGAUUUCAGUAAAUCUGAUUAAGAGACUAUUGAUUUUAAUUUAAAAAGUCUAUUAAGUUAAAUAGAGUCUGAUUUUAAUUUAAUUAAAAGUGAAUGUUAGAAAUAGGAAAAUUAAGAUAAUAAUCAUUCAAUACUCUCAUUGUUAACAAAUGCCUAAUUCAUAAUUCUAUAAAUAUUAAAUAAGAAUACAGACUUAUCGAAUUAAUAAGGUUUUUUGAAAAGCUAUUAAUAAAGUUUGAAUGAUUUUAAUCAAAAAGCUAAAAUAAAUAAGGAAAAAUUUGAAAACGAAGAAAAUAAAGAAAAAGAAGAAAAAGAAUAAUAACUGAAUGAUUCAUCUCUUAUUUUGUUUAAUAAAAUUUUGGAUGAUGAUCAACAAUUAAUUAUAUCAAUUAAAGAAAUAAAAAAAUAGUAUAAAUUCUAUGAAAAACUAUUAAUUUUAUAAAUAGAAUUAAUACUCUAAUAAAAGAAUAUUAUAAAGGAUAAAGUAAUACUAGAGUAAGAUUAACAGAACUAAUAGUUAAGUAGUUAACCAGAUAAAUUGAAUUAGAUUAAAAAAAUAAAAGAGAUGAGAGAGUAACAUUUUAAUUAAAAAGUAAAAGACUCUAUUGAAAAACUAUUUAACAACUUUGAAAUUCAAUUUAAAAAUGAUAAUAAACUUAUCAUUAAAUUAAAAUUUACAGACUUUUUAUAGUUUUUUUACUCUCUAUCUAAUUCUGAAUAUCAAAAAGGAUUAAAAGCUGAUCAAAUAGAGGACUCUAUAUGGCAGGAUAUAAAAAAUACUUAUAAGGAAACUAAAGACAAGGUGGUUGAUUUGUUAGAUUUUAAACCUGAUCAAAAGGUUAGAGAAGGAUUUGUCUACAGCCUAAUUAGACUUUAAUAUAGUGUUUAAGAAUAAAAAGUUAAAGGUUUCUGUUGCCAAUAUCUACAAUACAUCUGGGUAUUUGAAAAAGAUUAAAGAGUUAGAAAUUUAUUGAAAAAUAAAGAAUUAGUUGAAAUUUAAAAAUAGUUAUUUGCUUAGUAUCUAGAUAAUUUGUCACUGACAAUUAAAGAUGAAUUGAAGUUAAGAAUGUAAAAGUUAGAAAGUCUACAAUAAGAAAUCAAGUUAGAAGGAAAUUUAUAAAAAAGAGAGGAACUUUAAAUUUAAUUAAAGAAGACUUAUGACGAAUUAGAUGAAUCUUUAGAUAAUAUUUCUGAAAUGUCAGACAAAAUGGACAUUAGUCUUAUAUUUUUGAAAGACAUAUCAAAGGAUGUAAAAUAAAUUAAAGCUUCAAUUGAUAAUUUAUAAGAGAGUAUAAAUUAAGUAGGUGAUGAUAUACGUAAACUAAGAGGAAAGAGAUAUGAUGAAUUAUUAGAAAUAAGAAAAUAAAAAAUAUUAUUAUAAUCUAAAUUAACUGAAGUAGAUUCAGUUUAUGUUUAAUUAACAACUAUUGAAUAUGAUCCUAUUAGUGGGUAAAUUAUCAAAUCUAAUGAUAAUGAAAUUAGAACUAAAUUAUUAAGUGAAUAAUAGAAUGACUUUAAAGGAGAAGUAAAUGAAUUUAUUUGGGAUAAAAAUAGUUAAAAAGAUGUAAUGUUAGUUUCAGGAUUUGCAGGUUCUGGGAAAAGUAAAGCAGCUAGAAAAAUUGAAGAAUUUCUUUGGAAAUAAAAAGGAACUUAAUCAAAAUGGAUUCCAAUAUAUGUAUCACUUCCAACUCUUAAGAAUCCUAAAUUUAAUUUAUUUGAAUAAGCAUUAGAAUCUGAAAAUUAUUAAUUUGAUAAAUAUUAGAUAAAAGAAUUUAGAGAAGCUAUAUAAACUUAAAAAGAAUUCAUUAUUUUAAUACUUGACAGUUAUGAUGAGAUGAAAUAAGAUUGUAUUUAAUCAAAUCUACUUUUGACAAAUAAAUUGAUAUAAGAAUUUAAUACAACUAAUAUAUAGAUGAAAGUUAUUAUAACAACAAGAAAAGAAAUACUUAAUACAGUUGGAUAUUAAACUUGGUUUUAUGGAUAAAGUCUAUAAUCUUUAAAAGAAGUUUAGUUAUAAAAUUUUAAUGAAGAUUAAUAAAAUGAAUAUUUGAAUUAAUAUGUUGAGUUAAGUAUUAAAAGGAAAAUUAAGGAAAUCUAUGAAUUUGUUAAAUAAAUUGCUGGACAAGGCUUUGAUUUGGACGAAUUCCUUAAUAUAUGGGGUUUGAUUUCAUAAUAAGUUAAGAAUUAUAUCGAGAAAUCUGAAAUAAAGGGAUUGGAAGGUAUUUUCUUUAAUAACACUGAAGAAUUGAUAAUCGCAAAAAUAAAAACCCAUAAAACUCUUGAAAUUUUAAAAGAAGAAUAAACAACUACUUUAAGAAAGGAUUUGCUAGCUUUGUGGAGUGCUAAUAAAUUUAAAUCAUCUAUUAAAAGUGUUAAUAUUGAAAAUUUAUUAACUACUCCAUUUAUGCUGGAAAUUGUUGUUUAAGUUUUACCAAAUAUGACCAAAAAAUAUUAAGGAUCAUAAUAAAUGAAAGAACUAUUUAUUAAUAAUUAUUUAAAAUUAAAAAAAUAAGUGAGAAUUUCCAAAAUUACAAGAGAAUUGUAUCAAACAACAAAUUAAUAAUUAAAAAAGAAUGAAUAAGAUGAAGAAUAAUAAAUAUCUUAAGAAAAGGAAGAAGAAUAUUAAUAGAAAAAUGAAAAAGCUAGAAUAAUUUAAAUUGUUGAUAUGCUUGAUAAUGAGAACUUUUUCUCAAAAUAUUAAAUAGUUAGUUAACUAAAUUAUAAAGAAAAUGCUAUUAUUAUUGAUAAUACUAAUAUUUCAAUAGGUUCUAAUGAAAUUCAAUUUAUAAUAAUGGCAUUAUAAAUGAAAAGAUUUACAGUUUUUGAAUUUUAUGAAAGUUUUAUUAAUUUUUAUCAUGAAUAAUAAAUUCAAAAAUAAAGAGAACUUGGUAAAAUUUAUAAUUAGGAUAGUUUUUCAAUUGAUAUUUAUUAAUACUCUUAUUCAUUAGCCAUAGAUAUGACUAUAAGGGAAUUAUCAUAAAUAGGUUAUAAACCAUUAGGAAAAUUGGAUUUAAAAAGCAAUUAUAAAAUUGAUUAAAUUAUUGAUGAUUGGUUGAAAUAAUAUUUUGAUAUUGAAGAUGAAUACAAGAAAUUGAUUAGAAGUUGUAUUUUAUUAAGUGCAAAGGGUAGUACUUUCUCAUUUACACAUAAAUCAAUACAAGAAUUCUUUGUUGCCAAAUAUAUUUAUGAUCUUUUGACAUCUCUAAAUAGUUUUGAAUCUAAAAUCUUAAAAGAUAAAGAAGAAAAUUUAGAGAAAAAUAAAAAAAUGUUAAUAAAUUCAGUAUUUAAUAAUUCAAAAUUUAAUAUCUCUACUGAUAACUUUAGAGGAUCAAUAAAUUUUAUUAGAGAACAUUUGACUAAUGUUGAAAAUAUUAAUUCAUAAUUGAUUGAAAUAGUUAAGCUAUCAAGGAGUAAAGAUUAUUGUAGAGCAGCUUCAAAUAGUAUUCCUUUAUUAAGUUAAAUGAAUGUUUAUUUGGAAUCUUAAGACUUUAAAGGUAUAUAGUUGGCCAAUACGGAUAUGUCAGGUCUAAGUUUAUUUGAUUGUGAUUUAAGUAACUCAAUAUUUGAAAAUGUUGAUAUUAAUUCAUGCAAUUUUAAUUUUGCUGAUUUAUCAAAUAUUAAAUGGACAAAUGUUAUUUGUAAAGAAAAACCAUUUUUAUAAGGACAUCAAAAUGGAGUUUUAGAAGUACGAUUUUCACCUGAUGGAAAAUUUAUUGUAUCAAUUGAAGAACAAGAUAAUAAAAUUAAAUUAUGGGAUGCUGAUAAAUAUUAAUUCAUCCAAGAUUUAGUAGGUCAUCAAGAUAAGGUUAAUACGAUAUCAUUUUCAUCAGAUUCUCCAAUGCUUUAUUCAGGGAGUGAUGAUGGCACUAUCUUAAGAUGGGAUUUUAAGAAUCCUUAAUAAAUUACUUCGGUUAUUGUAGAAACUUUUGAUAAUAAGGUUUUAAAAGUAAAAAUAUCAUAGGAUUCAAAAAAAUUGUAUUUAUAAGAUGAUUAAUUCAAUUUUUUUAUUUUAGAUUUAACAAAAAAUGGUAAAAGGGAAGAAUAUAUUCCACUAUUAAAAAAAUGUGUUGAUAAAGAUGAAAAAUUUAUUGAAGUAACUGAAAUGUCACAAAUUUCAGAAUUUGCCUUACAUCCAAAAAAACCAAAAAUAGCAUUGGCUUAUGACAAAGAUGAAUUGCCUGAAGGAAAAGAUGAAUAGGAUACGGUUAGUACAAUAAAAUUAAUAGACUAUGUAACACUAGAACAAUAAUAUCUUAAAUAUAAUAGAUUAGUAUCAUAGUUUGAAAAAAAAAUUUAAGGAUAAGGUUUAGUAUUUAGUGAUGAUGGGUAAUAUUUUGCAGUUGUUACUGAUAAUCAAGCGAUUGUUUGGAAUUACAAAUAAAACACAUACUAAAUAUAAAUAUAAUUGUAAUUCCAGAGAACAAACAAAUCAAAUUCUAUUUUUUUUUCCUAAAAAAAUGAACUAGUUAUUUGUGAACAAAAUUUUGCAUAUAAAUGCCAAAAUUAUUAGCCUUAGGAGAAGUAGGAAUGCAUUGAAAUUUAGAUUUCUCCUUUAGGCAACAUAGCUGCAGCUGUUUAUGAAAAAAAACUAAGUAUAUUAGAUUUAAAUACUCAAAAUCCAAUAAGUUCAAUAUCGUUUGAUUUUUAGCCUAAUACGAUACUUUUUUCUAAAAAUGGUUCUAAAUUGUCUUUAUUUUUAAAAAAUGAGGGGAGAGUUAAAUAAUUUAAAAUUUUGGAAGUUUCCACUCUUAAUACUAUAUGUUUUAUACCUAUUUGGAAUAAGUAUUGGAUUAAUUACAUAUUAUCUAAUAAUUUUGAAAAGCUAUUUAUUUAAUAUAAGGAAGAGUAUAAGUAUUUUGGUAAGCGUUAAUACCAUGCCAAUGAUGACUAAUUCAAAUUGGUAAUAUAAAUAGACACAAAUAAAAUUCAUAAAGAGAUAGAAAAUAAGGAAUUCUGUAUAAGCAGUAAAAGAUUUUGUGCUUAAUAUUAAAGUGGGGUUAUAGCUUACAUUAAAUUAAAUACUAAUGCCAUAAAAAUAUAUGAUUUAGAUAAAAAUUAAGAAAUUGAAGAAGAUAUUUAAUAUGAAGAAAAUGAAGUCUUGGACCUUUUAUUUUCACCUACCCAAAAAGAAUUAGCAGUUUUAUAUAAGAAUGAGUUGCUUUUUUGGAAUAUAGAAUCCAAGCCUUUCUAGAUUAAAAAUAAAAUUAUUUAGUUGGAUUCUAAUUUAAAAUCUAUUAAUUAUUCUCCAGAUGGUUCUAGAAUUGUAUUAGAGUUUCAAAAAUCAUUUAAUAUCUAUGAAGUCAAAAGCUGUAAACUAUUAAAAACAGUUGAACAUGAUGAUGCAAAUACAAAAGUAUCAAUUUCUUUAGAUAAUGAUUUAAUUGGGUAUAUUUAAGAUACAUAAAUAAUUAUUUUGAGUCAAAAAAAUAAUUAUAAAUAAACAGUUUUAUAAGGCCAUAAUGUAGCAAUCUAUAAUUUAAUAUUUACUCGUGAUUAACAAUCUAUAAUUUCAGCAGGCUCUGGUGAACUUAUAUUAUGGGAUUUAUCUAAAUUUCAGAUUAAAGAUUAAAAAAACACUUAUAUAAAGGAAUAUUAAAUAACAUUUUCAUACAGUACUCAAUUACUAGUUUUAUUUAAAUAAAAUUUAAUGUAAUUAUGGAAGUAUUCUUAGAAUUAAUUAACAUUUAUUGGAUCUUAAGUAUUUGAUUUUAGAAUUAAUGAGCUAAGCUUUAUUCAUGAUGAUUAGCAUAUUUUGAUUAAAUAAUCAGAUACUGAGUUAUUGUUAUGUAAUUUAGAUAAUUUUUAAUAUUUACAUACAUUUUAAUUGAGUUUUGAGUAAGGGGCUAUAUCAUCUGAUAAUGUAAUUGCAUUAGCUGAAGAAGAUAAUAAUAUUAAAUUAUAUUUAAAUAACUUAGAAAAAGAUGACUACUAGUUACAAGAUUUCUCGUAAGUAAGAUACUUAACAUUUCUUGAGAAUAAAUAGAAUUUAUUAUUUAUUUAAGGAUGGGAAAAUAUAUAUAUAUGGGAUUUGAUAAAAGGAUAAAAAAUAUCUAAAUUUCAAUUAUUUGAAUAUUAAACUGUAAAAUAAUUAUAAUUAAAAGGUGAAAUAUUAAUUUCGUAAAAUGAAUACAAUGUUUCUUUAUGGGACUUAAGUGAUUUAAAUAAUAUCAAAAUAUGUGGAUUUCAUAAUAAAAUUAAUUGUUUUUCUAUUUAAGACAAUUAAGAAUUUGGAUUAGGGAUAAUUAAUUAAUAAUGGAUUAUUAUUAAAAAUAUCUUUAAUGUAGAAUUAGCAUUACCAGCCAAUAAAAAUGAAUUAAUUAGAAAAGUAUUUAUGUCUAUAAAAAAAUAAUACUAUAUUAUUUUAUCAACAUAACUCUUCAUUUUAGAGAUUAAUACAAAAUAAAUACAUUAAUUUGAUAAAAGUGUAUUUGCAGUUGCAUAUUGUGAAGAAAGAGACUACAUUGCAGUUUAAACAUAAUCAGAACUCUAAUUAAUUUAAUUUUAAUAAAAUAGUUUUAACAUCAUCAGUUCAAUUGAUUUAUAGAAGGAGAAAUAUUAAUCAUACAAAAUAACUUUUACAAAUGAUGGACAAGGAUUAUCAUUAAAUUCAUCUGAUAUGAUUAAAUGGUUUUCAAUUACAAAAAAUUAAAAAAUAAUAUGCAGAGGUAUGUUUGAUAAAAAAGAGUUUAGAAAAAUAUAAGCAUAAAUAUUUUGUGACAGAGGUUCUUCUAAUAAAUAAUAAUUACUUGCUGUUUUAGAUUAAAAUGAAAAAAAAUUUAGAAUUAUUAACAUCUAAAAAUAAAAACAAUUUGUAUAGAUUCAAUUUAAAUAAGUUUAUUGUUAAUAACCUUCAUUAAGCUUUGAGUUAAGCUUUAACGAAGAUAAAAUAUUCUUUCUGUUUGGUAAAGAAUAAAUAUUUUCAUUGGAUAUUAAUAAUUUUGAAAAAAAAGAGUUAAAUCAUUAUCGGUUCCUUGAAAAUCGCUAAAUAAGAGUAAUUGGAAGUGAUUCAUUAGUGUUUGUAAAGGAAAAAUACAAAUAAGGCGAUCUAAUCAUUUAAUAUUAAGUAUCAAAAUCUUGUAAUACUUAAAUCACUUUAAUUCAGGAUAUAACAUACAUGAAUUAUUUACCUUAAUAAUAAUUAUUAGCAAUAAGUACAAAAAGUAAUAAUAUUAUCUUUUGGGAUAUCAAAGCUAAAAAGAAUAUUGGAACUCUAACGGGACAUUAAGAUACAAUCAAUCACAUAACAGUUUCACCUUUUGAUGGUGUACUUGCUUCAGUAAGUAAGGAUAGACUAAUAAAACUGUGGACUAUUAAUUAAAAUGAAUCUUCAGAAGUUCAAUAAGGUCAUUCAUAUUCUAUUAGUUCAAUUGCAUAUUCAUAAGAUGGCCAAUUACUUGCUUCUGGAGCUAAAAAAGGAGAAGAAUAGGAAGUACCAAUAUUUCUUUGGGAUGUUAUUGAUAAAAAAUUGAUGAUUCAACUAAAAAAACAUAAAUGUUCUAUUACAAGUUUAGAAUUCUCUUAUUGUUCUAGAUAUUUAGUAUCUGGAGAUGAUAAUGGAAUAAUAGUAUUUUGGAAUAUUGAAUAUCCUUAAUUUGUAAAGGUUGUAUAUGUUAUAAAUGAAUUUAACUGUUCUAUUAAUUCCAUAAGUAUUUCUAAAACAGAAUAAACCUUAUUCGCAGUUUAUAAUUCAAAUUUAAUUAUAAAAUGGAAUUAUGAGUAAAUUGAAAAAUAAAUAGAUGAAAAACAUUUAAUUUUAAAUACAACAUCUAAAUUAUACAGUUUUAUUUAAAAUGAUUAAUUUGUUUAUUUUGAUACAGACUAAAAUAAAUUAAUAAUUCAUAAUAUAGAAACAAAAGAAUAAAAGUGUUUUUAAAUGAAAUCAAAAAUUAACUAAUUAUAAACUUCAGAAGAUGGUAAUCUAAUUUUGGGUUUAUAAUCUACAAAAUAUGAAAAAACUUACAAUUUACUUUGUUUUUAAAAAUAAGAUAUAAAUACUUGGUAUGAAAAAUAGAUUUUUGGAUCAUAGGCAGAUUACUUUUUACUUUCUCCAGAUAAUAAAUUUUUGUAUUCUAGAGUUCUCACCUUUUUGUAAUAUUAUUAAAACGAAAAAUAACCAAAAGUUAAUUAUACAAUCUAUGAUUUCUAAAGAUUAAGUAAAGUAGAGAAAAAAUUAUUUUGUAAAAUUAAUGAAAAUUCACUCAUAAGGAUUUUUGUGUCAUAUGAUUUUACUUUAAUUGCAGUAGUUAUUAAUAAUCAAAGGUUAAAAAUCUAUGAUAAUUUAAAGUAAUAAUAUAUCAAAGAAUUUAAAGAAUGUCAAAAUCCUGGAUAUGUUUAAAUAUCUAAAGAUAAUAAAUAUUUAGCUUAUUUAGAGUUAAAUGAAUAAAAUAAACCUGGCAAUAUAAUCUUUGUAUUUAAUAUUGAGGAUCCAUCAAUCAAGAGAGAUCUAAAAUGUGAUUAAAAUGAAAUAAUAAUUUACAAGUUCUCUGCUAAAGAUUCAAAUCAGAUAUAUGCUUUAUAUAAAGAUCAAACAGUAAGACAUUGGGAUUUAACGGAUAAAUAACCUUCCAUAAAAGCUGAGGUUACUUUAUCUAAAAGUUUUGAUUUUAAAAGUUCCUUCAAAUUUUCACACAACCUUAAUUUUUUAAUCAAUAGGAACUGGAACCAAUAAAGUUUGAUUAUAUGGGAUUUUAGGAAAAAAGAAGAAUUCAUUAUUAAUGUUGAACAAAAAUUUGACAAUUUUUUUUGUUCUUAAAAUGAAGAUAUUUAUGCUGUUAUUAGUGAACAACAAAAAGAUAUGGAUUGCAUUAUAAUAUUUAAAGACAAAAAAUAAUCUAAAAUAAUUUAAAGAAAAAAAUAAUAGGAUACGAUACUCACCAUCGAGUUCUCACAUAAUGAUGAGUAAAUGAUCAUUUGUCAAUUUAUGUCUAUAUAUCUUUACUAAAUAGAUGUAGAAUUGAAAACUUAAAUUCUAGGUUUUUGGUAUUUAGAUUUGACAAUUUAAAACUGCUUUUUAAAUCCUAUGAAUAUGAGUUUAGUAAUUUAAACAUACAAUGACCAAUCAAUUUUUGAAAUUUAAUUAGAGCCAAUAAUUUUUAAAUAGUAUAUCAUCGAGUAAAACUAAGAUUGCUAAUAUCGAAUCUGUUGUUUUUCGCCUGAUAGUUAAUAUUUAGCUAUUUUGUGCCCAUAUUUAUAAUUAUAGAAUUUACAAGAUUGUUAAAUGAUUCAUGAAUUUAAGGAAUAUUAAGGAAGUGCCAUAUCUUUUUAAUCAAUUGAUAUUUUAGUGAUUGCAAAUCAGUGUUAAUUAUAAUUUUUCAACAUUAAAAAGAAUGAAAAUAAAGUAGAAAUAAUAAAAAUUAGGGAAUUUUCAUUCUAAUCUAAUAUGUUUUAAAUUGGAUUCAGCUAAACUCAUUUAUUUAUAUUAUUUAAUGUUAAAAAAGAUAUAAAUAAAUCCCCAAAAAAAAGAAUUGCAUUAGUUGAAAUUAAUAAUUUGAAAUAAAAUGAAGAAUAACUUGAAAUUAAUAAUCCGAACUAAAAUAUAUUAAAAGCAAUUUAUCAUUAUGAAGGAAGCUUGGCUUUCUAAGAAAGUGGGAAUUAUUUUGCUAUAAGCUAUGAAAAUAAGAUAUAAAUAUUAAACACUUAAACCCUUUUUUAAUAGGAAAGAUGCUUUUAUUUAAAAGAAAAUAUUGAAAUAUCUCAAAUAUUCUAUAUGUCUGAUGAGAACUUGAUAAUGUUUUUUUUUAACUUUUGUGUCUAAAUAUUAGAUUCUACAAGUUUCGAAAUGAUUAGAUAGAAAGACUAAAUUAGUGGUUGUCCUGAAUAAGUUGAAUAUUCUAAGAUUUCAAAAUAUUUAGUUUUCAAAUAAACUAAUAUCAUAGAGAUCUAUACUUUUGAAAAUAAUGAAAAAGAUUUCUUAACAUUUGAUACUUUUUAAAUAAAUGAUGAUAUUAUAUUCGAUAAUAUUGCAUUAUCACAAAAAGGUGAUUUACUUUUAACAGGUGAGCAUAAUUCUAAAGAUUUCACAAAUUCAAUCACAUUAUGGAAUAUAGGAUAGCGUAAAUAAAUAUGCACUAAUAAUAAAAUAAACAAUAAAGUAACGAUUCUUAAGUUUUGUCCAGAUGGAGUUACUUUUGCCGCUGGUCUUGAAGAUGGAUCUAUUAAUUUAUAUUCAAUCGAAAUAUCAAAAACAAAUUUCUUUAAAUAAUAAUCGAAAUUGAAUAAGAAUUUUUAGAAAUUUUAAAUUAUUUGCAUUAAAUCAUUCUCUAAAUAAUCACUAUUAACUGCUUAAUAAUCCAUAUUAACUGCUGAUUCAAAUAUAAUAUCUGAAAAUAAGUCUAUUGUUGAAUUGUUUUAUUAAAAAGGAGGAUUAAAACCAAAAACUGAUAAAAUAGAAGUAUCAAAAAUUUGA